AUGAUCCCCAUACCUUCCUUCGCCCGCUCAAAGGGCAGCGCCUUGGUCGCGCUAUCUUGGACCCUCGCCCUAUUAUCGCCCUCACUAGCGACGGCCAAAUCAGCCGCCGAUUACUAUGUUCACGAUCUUCCGGGCGCGCCGGCUGAUGGGCCACUCUUGAAGAUGCACGCUGGCCACAUCGAAGUCGACCCAAAAUCAAACGGCAACCUAUUCUUCUGGCACUACCAAAACCGCCACAUCGCAAACCGACAGCGAACAGUGAUAUGGCUGAACGGUGGUCCGGGCUGUAGUUCCAUGGACGGUGCAUUGAUGGAAGUCGGCCCCUACCGCGUGACGGAAAAUCAGACAUUGGAAUAUAAUAAGGGUUCUUGGGACGAAUUUGCCAAUUUACUCUUUGUCGAUCAGCCUGUUGGAACCGGGUUCAGUUAUGCGGAGACGAAUAGCUAUUUGAAGGAUUUGGAUCCGUUGUCGGCUCAUUUUAUGGUGUUUUUGGAAAAGUUCUUUGGCUUGUUUCCUGAGUUUGAGAAGGAUGAUAUCUAUCUCGCCGGCGAAUCCUGGGCCGGUCAAUCGAUCCCAUACAUCGCCAAAGCAAUCCAAGAACGAAACAAAGCCGCAAAGCAAAACGGUAAAUCGAAAUGGCCGCUCAAAGGCCUACUUAUUGGCAACGGCUGGAUCUCGCCCAAGGACCAAUACCCGUCAUACUUCGACUUCCUCGAACGAGAAGCUCUCAUCGAGCAGGGAACUGAUACUUACAAGAAGCUCGACGCACUGAACAACUACUGCAAGACGAAAUUGGGAGAGUCCGAAUACAAAGACUCACUCAAUGUGGAACCUUGCGAACUCGUCAUGAGAGAAUUCCUGGAUUUGACCAAGGAAGCAGGCGAAUGCUUCAACAUGUACGACGUGCGUCUAAAGGACAAAAUCACCAAUGGCUGUGGUAUGGGCUGGCCUCUUGAUCUGGACAACGUAACCCCCUACCUCCGACGAAACGAUGUCAUCAAAGCUCUAAACAUCAACCCGGCAAAGGCAUCUGGCUGGGACGAGUGCAACGGUGACGUCGGGAGUGCGAUGUCAACGCUAAAUUCCAAGCCUGCUAUCACCCUUCUCCCUGACCUAAUCGAUUCCGGCAUCAACAUCCUCCUCUUCAGCGGCGACAAGGAUCUCAUCUGCAACCACAUCGGAACAGAAACAAUGAUCCACAACAUGAAGUGGAAAGGAGGCUCAGGUUUCGAAACAGCACCCGGAGUCUGGGCUCCACGCCAUGACUGGACCUUCGAAGGCGAACCAGCCGGUUACUACCAGCACGCGCGAAACCUAACCUACGUUCUCUUCUACAAUUCCAGCCACAUGGUCCCCUACGACCAACCCCGACAAACCCGCGACAUGCUAGACCGCUUCAUGAAAGUCGAUAUCGCCAGCAUAGGCGGUAAACCAGCCGACUCACGCAUCGACGGAGAAAAAUUACCCCAAACUUCCGUCGGCGGUCAAACAAACAGUACAGCAGCGGAACAACAAGAAGAGAAGAAAAUCAAAGAGACCGAAAUGAAGGCAUACACUAAAUCUGGCGAGGCAAUUCUAGUCGUCGUCAUUAUCGGAGUCCUUAUCUGGGGCUUUUUCAUUUGGCGCAGUCGUCGCUCGCAUAAGGGGUACUAUGGCGUUCACAAUCACAAUACUAGUACUUCCGAAAUCGUGCCUCGGUCGGUCCUGGAUCGAUUCGGAAAUAAGCGCUCGACUAAUGAUGUCGAGGCUGGUGAUUUUGAUGAGUCUGAGCUUGAUGAUCUUCAAUCUCCUGGUAUUGACCGUGAGCAUUAUGCUGUUGGUGAUGUUAGCGAUGAGGAAGAAGUGGACGCGGGGGAGGGCGAUCAUCUUCAUGAUACUCGUGCCGAGGGAAAAGGAAAACGUGGCAGUCAGCAAUGA